UCCUCCCAAUUUAAAAAUAGAACCCAAAAAAAGUUGGCGGCAAAUUACAAAAUUCAGCCAAACAUUUAAAUUUCAUUCCUAAAUCCUAAUCAAAAUUUACCGCGCAUUUCAUCUUUUGCCCAUAAAAUCUUCUUCCACCACUUCAAUCACCACUUUUCCGUCCCAAUUUUUUUCCAAUCAAUUGAAAAAAUGUCACAAAUUCAACGUAGGAAGGUAGAUUGGUCAUCACUCCCUCAAGAAUUACUCGAAAAAAUUGCCAAUUUCACCGGUUCUCGCUUCGAACGUCACCGUUUUCGAGCAGUUUGCAAGAAAUGGCGAUCUUCACACUCUUACCCAAUCUUAACUUACUUUUUAUACCCAUCUCUCCAAAAAACAAUCCCAAUUCUCCCUUCUUCGAUUUUUAUCCGAUCGAAUCGGCCGAUUAAUCUUGUGGGUAGUGCCCUUUAUCUCAUUCAACCCCCUCAAGAUUCAGACCCUGAUUUCUCUUCUAAAUCCUGGAUUAUAUCAGUUGAAGAAUUAAACCGACGUCGGUUUCGUAUUCGUUUUCCUCUUUCCAAAAACCCCAUUAAAGAUCUCCCCAAUGAUUUCCCUAAAAAGCUCUGUACCUUUGAUUUCAAAGUGUCCCACAUCGGCGAAGGCCUUAAAUUAUGCUUCUCUAAUGGCAAUGAAGAUGUCUACCAAUUUGAGGGUUUUGCACCUUGUUCUAAUUACCCAACAAAGAGUAAAGUCGUUUUGUUUCGAGACGAGGAUUCGUCUACUGAUGAUCCUUGGUCUGUCAUGGUUCUAUUGCUUAGUCAGGGUGGUAGUUUGGGUACUUUGAAGUUGGAUGGGCAGUGGAGUUUCAUUGAUCGUGGCCCGGGUUUUCGAUUCGAUGAUGUUAUAAGCUUACGAAGAAAUGGACUACUUUGUGGCAUUGAUCGCGAAGGUACAGCUUAUCUUAUUGAUGGGAGUGAAUGUAGGGUCGUUGGAACAAUGAGUGUACCUCUUUGUACAAUACAUGAUCAUUGUUAUGCAAGAGUUAGCCGUAAAUUCUUGGUGUUGAUUUAUAGUUUGGUGUUCAUGAUUGUCAGAAAUGAGGAAAAGUUCGAGGUUUAUUUGCUAAGAGAAGAAGAGCAUGAUUGGAUUAAAAUGGGUGAUAUGGGAGAUUGGAUUUUGUUUAUGACAUUCGAUAAUGUGUUUGCUGUUAAGGCUAAGGAAAUUCCGGGUUGUCGAGGGAAUUGUAUUGUGUUCCCUAAGAAUUUAUUUGCUUUACAUUCUCGAGAGUAUUGUAAGGAUUAUAAACUUUUUGAGGGAGUUAGCAAGUAUAUGGAGGUUGGUGUGUACUACUUGAACGAGGAUGGUUGUCGCCCUUUAUCUAGUGAGCCGGGCUUAUCUGAGUUGUUUUGGCCUCCCCCUUCGUGGCUUUCUCCUGAAUCAGAAUCACAAAAUUGGAACUCUGAUGAGGAUGAAGAUGAAGAUAUGGAUUCCUACAGUGAUAUUGGUUCAAUGUCUUGCUCAGAAGCAGCAGAACACCCUGCCUCUUUACAAUGUAUAGAGGAGGGCACGGCAGCUAUUCAGGCUCGUUCUCAGUCUGUCUGCCAAGGAGACGAAGCUCAGCAAGGUAGUACUCCCAAGUCCUCUUUGCAGUGUAUAGAAAAGGGCACCGGAGCUAUUCAGGCUCGUUCUCAGUCUGCCUGCCAAGGAGAUGAAGCUCAGCAAGAGAUUCCAGAUGAGAACAGUAAUGGUUCGGAUCCAGUAAAUAGUCGUCCAACUGAGACACCUGAGAAUGUUGCAUCAGAAGACAUAUUUCAAGGACUUGAAGUUAGCCCUGAUCUAAUUCCAGUGCUGCAAAAAAUAUGGGCGAAGUAUGGAAAUAUAAUCGAAGAUCAUGCAGUCUGCAGUAUUGGUCUCUUGACAUGGGCGUUAGAGUCCUUAGCAAAGAUGGUAGUUAUUCUCCAAGACAACAUACGUGCAUCCUUGAACGAAUCUCAAGCCGACUACUUGAGAUCUACCCUAGCCGACCUUCAGUCUAUGAACUUUAAAUUAGACUGGCUAGUUCCCUAUGUUGAAAGAGCAAUAGCCCUCCAGAACAACAAUGAGCAGGUGGAAGCUAUGCUCGAGCUUGAGACGACAACAUCCAAGCUGCGUGCUGAACUACAUGAACUAGAAGAUAAAUUAGCAGAACAGAAAAAGCUUAUCAAUGAGAGUGUGAUGGCCUCGACACCUUUAAUUCUAGAGAAGAGUUGUCCACUGUUUCUGAUUUAAGGUUAUAAGAAUUGGUCCUAAGAUGUAUAGGGCUGCCAAAAAGUUGUAGUGAAGCUAAUGUUUAGAAUCCUUAUUUUAGGAUCUAGAAAAUGUAAAUUUCCACUUUACUUUGUAAAAUGUUCUUUCCAGUUUAAUCUUUUAUCCUUGAAUUAAAACCUUUAAAGCUUGGAUCCAAUCAAGUUUCUGGUUUUGUAAACAUCAGUCAAUAAAUAAAUUUAUAUUCUAGUCCUCCACUUUGGUAAUUAAUUUAGAUCUUUAAAAAACAAUGCCUAUAUAUUGAAAAAUUUUAUAUACGCUCAACUCAAGUGCAAGGUUUACUCAAGGUUAUACUUGAUUAAAUGAGCAAUAAUUAUCAAAAGUGAAAAAUACCUUGGGUUUAAUUUUCACUUGGAUGAUAUAAUGAUCUUUACCGUACAUUUAAUCCAUAUUCAAUAAAGUUAAAAAAAAAAAAAAUAAAAAAAAUACUACUCCAUCCGGCUUUUGCAAGUGCAUCAAUUGUCUUACUCAACAAAUUAAAAAAAUGAAUAAGCAUAUGUAAAUAGAAGUGUAAGGUGUCAAUUUGAAUGUUCAGUCAGGUUCAAUGAAGUCAGGUGUAAUUUCAAACUUGAACCAUGUUAAAUUAUUGCGUCCAUACAAGUCAAAAUUUGAAUAGGAUAUUUUUCAGGUCGGAGUCGAAUCUAGUUUUGACACCUCUAAAUUUAUUGUAAAAGCCCGAAAAGGUACUUUAGUGUUAUGUUACAGAUUUUUGCUAAUUUCAGAUACAAAAAGCAUAUUAUUUCUUGCGUCCUAAAACAAGUCACAGUGUUGAUUAUUUCUGCACCACAUGAAUCAUACUCAAAGUAGUUGGGUUACUCCUGUGAGGUGUGCAUAUGCAGGUAAGAACUAUCACAGGAUAUAAUAAUAUAAAACAUCUUCAAGGUAGAAAAAAAAUACUUGACCUGAAACUCAACUAC